AGUUUUAAUAAAUAAUGGCGUGAUCAUAUGUUAGAGUGACGUAGUUUUAUAUAAAAAUAUUCGUUUUUAUAUUAAAUUUCGGGCCGUACACUAUUUUUUUAAACGUGUCCAGUGAUAUUUAAGAGUUUUUGAAGCAUCAAAAGUUACAUUUGACUUUCUUCCAAUAAAGGAAAGUUUUUAGGGACAUAACCUUUAUUAUGAAAAUUUGGAUGAAAUUAAAAUUUCAAAAUGUCAAAUAUUGAAAUAAAGCACCUGUUUAGAACAAAUAGGUUUCCAGAAAGUGAGAUUAAACUAUGUUUACUAUUCUUUUAUGCUCCAUUUGGAGUGAUAUUGUUCAUAUUAAGAAUAAUACUACUUAUAGGACUUUUAAUAUGUGGCAGUAUUUUAUCUGAAACACAGCUGAUUCAAAAGUUUUUGAAUAAAAUAGCUUGCUUAUCGUUAGGAAUUAUAGUGCAAGUAGAAAAUCCUGAAGCUAAGGAAAAUGUUAAUGUUUACAUUAGCAAUAGUGUAUCACUUUUUGACCAUCUGGCUUUGCAAGCUGCCACUGGAUCACUAACGCCUGGAAUUAAAAAUUCAUUAGUAAAGUCCAAAGGUUUUGGUGCCAAGUACUUUGGUUCCCAAUCAAACUUGGACACCUUCAAGAAAACUCUUAUAGAAUGGGUGACUGGAAACAAAGUAGCACUGAACUUUACGCCAGAAGGAAAGAUGACAAAUGGAAAGGGAGUUUUAAAGUUUAAAACUCUCCCAUUUCAAAUUUCUACAAGAGUACAGCCUAUAGCACUUAAAAUAGAAAGACCCGUUUUGGAGAUGUCUGUAAACAGAUUGGGCUCAAGUAACUUGGUCGAUUGUAUAGUUUACAUGUUUUCUCCUGUCACUGUUUACAAACUUAAAUUCUUGCCUGCCUUAGAGAAUAAAAGUAACACAGUUCAGGAGUUUGCCGAGAUUGUUCGUCAACAUAUAGCUACUUCAUUAAUGGUUCCCACACCAAAUUUUUCAGCAUCCGAUCUGAUUGAGUUUGAGAAAAAGACGUUGAUUGAAGAGCAAAGAGCAAUGGAGGCUCAAUCUCGUGCACCAUCACAAAGACCUGAGUUGCAAAGAAUGAGCAUGCAAGUCAAGGAAGUUCUGCCGCAUGUACCUUUAAAAGCAAUAUAUAAUGACUUAUGUAUAACUAAGAGUAUAGACACAACAAUAACCAACAUUUUGGAGGGCCGCGUUCAUUUUAUUUCCGAACCAAUCCCCUCUACCUCAGCUUCUCCGCAGCCAUCGACCUCCUCUUCGCUACCCAGUGCGAAGAGUUCUCCAGCGGAAAGCAGCGGUGGCGGCGGCGGUAGGGUGAUGUUCAAUACAGCCGCCUCUUCCUUUCCAAAAUCAGCAUCGGAAAGAAACAAGUCCUUCCAAGAAAGAAAAGAUCAGCUGAUUGCUAAUGCAAGGAGGAGGUACAUUGAAAAACACAAUCUUGAUUUGCCGCUUUAUUGAUCUGUGCUCUCUAGGUUUAGUGCCAAAUACCUUUUUGAAACCCUCACUUUUUAAUAUAAUUAUCUAUUUUUUACUAAAUAAAGGCCUUUUUUAUUUUCCGCACUUUUACCUAUACAAACAAAAUCGUAGGUUUUAAGUUUGUACAUAAGUCCAAUUUGUUAUUUAUUUUAACUUAAAAAUAAAUCGUUGUUAUACA